AGGAAGUUCUCGGGAUGCCAGAGAACACAACCAGCUUUGGCUCCCAACCCCAGGACUGCUUUGUUGAAUAACUUGGCUUGCUCAACGGGAUUCCUUUUUAAUAUUAAGCCAGGACUUUGUAAACACGUUUACAAUGAAGGUCAUAUGACCAGACAAGUUUCUCUGAAGGGGAAGAAGGGUCCAGAUUUGGUUAGUGAGGCAUUUUAUUCAAUUAGUGCUGCGUAUUAAACUACCACCCAUCCUGUGGAGACAAUGGCAAAGAAGGUGGUGGUGAUUGGAGCAGGGGUCAGUGGCCUAAUCUCUCUGAAGUGCUGCGUGGACGAGGGUCUGGAGCCCACCUGCUUCGAAAGGACUGAAGAUAUAGGGGGACUGUGGAGAUUCAAAGAAAACGUGGAAGAUGGCCGCGCUAGCAUCUACCGCUCUGUCAUUACCAACACUAGCAAAGAAAUGUCCUGUUUCAGUGACUUCCCGAUGCCGGAGGACUUCCCCAACUUCCUGCACAACUCUAAACUCCUGGAAUAUUUCAGGAUCUUUGCCAAGAAAUUUGAUCUCCUAAAAUAUAUUCAGUUUCAGACAACUGUCAUUAGUGUGAAAAAACGCCCGGAUUUCGCAUCUUCUGGGCAAUGGGAAGUUUAUACUCAGAGCAACGGAAAGGAGCAACGCACUGUCUUUGACGCUGUUAUGGUUUGCAGCGGCCAUCACAUCCAGCCUCACCUGCCACUCAAGUCAUUCCCAGGUAUCGAGAGGUUCCGAGGCCAGUAUUUCCAUAGCCGCGACUACAAGCACCCAGUGGGGUUUGAGGGGAAGCGCAUCCUGGUGGUUGGGAUAGGAAACUCAGCUGCAGAUAUUGCCUCUGAACUGAGUAAGACGGCCGCGCAGGUGUUUGUCAGCACCAGACAUGGAUCCUGGGUCAUGAGUCGAAUCUCUGAAGAUGGCUACCCUUGGGACAUGGUGUUCCACACUAGAUUUAGCUCCAUGCUCCGAAAUGUCCUGCCCCGCACGGUCGUCAAGUGGAUGAUGGAACAACAGAUGAAUCGAUGGUUCAACCAUGAAAAUUAUGGUCUGGUGCCUCAGAACAAAUACCUUAUGAAAGAACCUGUGCUAAACGACGAUCUCCCCAGCCGCCUGCUGUACGGAGCCAUCAAAGUAAAAACACGGGUGAAGGAGCUCACGGAGACAGCUGUGGUCUUCGAGGAUGGCACGGUGGAGGAAGACGUGGAUAUCAUUGUCUUUGCCACGGGGUAUACGUUCUCUUUUUCUUUCCUGGAAGACUCACUUGUUAAAGUCGAGGAUAAUAGGGUUUCCCUGUACAAAGCCAUGUUUCCCCCUCACCUGGAGAAGCCAACCCUUGCGUGCAUAGGUCUCAUCCAGCCUCUGGGCUCCAUCUUCCCAACCGUAGAGCUUCAGGCGCGCUGGGCGACAAGAGUUUUCAAAGGCUUGUGCAGCUUGCCUUCGGAGACGACUAUGAUGGCAGACAUUGUGGAAAGAAAUGAAAAAAGAAUUGACCUGUUUGGGAAAAGCCAGAGCCAGAUACUGCAGACCAACUACGUUGACUACCUGGAUGAACUCGCCUUGGAGAUAGGUGCAAAGCCAGAUUUCGUCUCUCUCCUUUUCAAAGACCCUAAACUGGCUGUGAAACUCUACUUCGGACCCUGUAAUUCCUACCAGUACCGCCUGGUUGGACCUGGGCAGUGGGAAGGAGCCAGGAACGCCAUCCUCACCCAAAAGCAGAGGAUCCUGAAACCCUUAAAGACCCGUACUCUCCAGUCCUCUGAUAGUGCCCCGGUGUCUUUCCUGCUCAAGAUCCUGGGGCUGCUCGCCAUUGUUCUGGCCUUCUUUUUCCAACUUCAGGGGUUCUAGUCAGUCACAUGACAGUUUUCUCCAUCACUGCCUCUUUGAAAGGGAAACUGAAGAAAUUCCAUCCUCAUUAUAAUUUUACUUUAGGGGAACAAGUAGGGGGACUAAUUGUAGGGAGAUCAGAAAACUUAGGUCUAGAUAUAAAACUAAAUUAAGGUUACGGGAUGUUCUUAUCAUUGUUUCCUCAAAUUCAUCAGUCUCCACAUGGUAUUCGAUAAUAACACCAGCACAGGUGGAUAGUACUAUCAGCCAUGGCAGGUUUUGAGUUACCAGAUUAAAAAAAAAAAAUCAAUAAAACUAUGUAGAAUGAAAAGUAGGUCAUAGUUGAGCAUGUUAGGACAUGCCUUUAAUCUUAGCACUUGGGAGGCAGAUGGAUCUCUGAGAGUUCAAAGAAAAAAAAGGCAAGACACUGAAGAACUGAAAUUGUAGUAGACAUUUCACAUCUUAUACACUAUGAUGCUCAGUGCUGUUCCUAUGCAUACUCUGGUCACAGUUCCCACUUAUUAGGGUCUGCUCUCUUGUCUUGAUGAGAGAUCACUCAGAAAUACUGGUGGACAAAAAAUGAGAGGAGAGAUCAAAAGCAACAACAAUGCUCAAAAAUACUUUAAAAGUUCUUCAUAUUGUAAGCUAAGCAAGUAGACACGGCUCCUGUAUAUUGCUAGAAGUUCUGAUGCAAAAAUGAAAAUAAUAUUCCCUAGCUACAA